AUGAGAGAAACGAGAUCAGAUGAUACAGAUGACUCGCAGAAGAGCUGGGACUGGAUUAUUAACAACUUUUACCGAGACGGCGAUGAAGUACAUCUCUUAAACGUGAUAUCGCGGCUCACUUUUGCAGCAACACUUGGCGUACCUGCUGUCGAUUUCACUCCUCAGAUCAAUCGGGAAGCAUAUGAGAAGGCGGUGCAGAAAGCUGAAGCCUUCAUCGUGAAGCGCUUUCUUGCGCGGCUUCCAGAAAGCAUUCAAACAACACCAAUUGUCCACAUCAUCAAGUCCGAAGUCGACACGAACAGCGUUGGGCACGUCAUCUGCAUGAAGGCUGACGAGCUUAAGGCCACGUGCAUUCUCAUGGGCAGCCACAACAAGGGACCGGUCGCGGAGUUUUUCAUGGGCUCCGUGUCGCAGGAAGUGUGCUGUAAACGCAAGCUGCCGGCGUGUUGGGGCUCAGAGCUCAGAGCCGGGAUUGUGGUUUCCCAGGUUAACUAUAUCCCAGGUCACCGCCGUUCAUCAACUAGGGGCACAAUACCUUUCACCAUCGGAAAGGGUUUUGACCCUAACGGGUAUCCCGGGAUUUCCCGGGGGCAAUGGUCGCGCGUUACCAGUAGUGCCAAACCCUAG